AUGCAGGGCAACAUCUUCCAGGAAGUCAUCCAAGAGGUGUACGAUGCGUCUCAGGUGGAUUUUGAGGAGAGCGGCGUCGACCAGCAGACGCUUGAAGACUUGAAAAAGAGCUGGGAGAAGAAACUCUCCUCUCUGGGUGUCGCCCAUUUCCCUUGGGACCCUGCUCCACCGACAAUCGCUCAACCUCAGAACCUUUCUCAUACAGCAACAGUUCCCUCUAACGCUCCUCGCCCACAAACCGCGCAUCUACAGCAACAUAUCCCGCCCCAACAAUCGCAUCCUCAAUAUCAACAGCCACAACAUCCCCAGCAUGUGCCGCACCCGCAGUCCAUGCCUCCCAACGGCCCGCCUCUUCAGGCUCCGGCUUCAGUUGGGGCUAGCGGUGCCUAUCCCGCGGGGCACUCGCCUCAAAUUAAGACAGAGCCGGGUCUCAACGGCCAUCCUUCAUUGCCCCCCAUGAGUCAUAUGAUGAAUAUCCCACCGAAUACGCAGUCGGCGCGCGAACGCGCUACCAACUUGAUACAGCAGAGGUACGGCGCAGCGGCCGCCAACUCGGUCAGUCAGAUGCAAGCACAGUCACAACCACCUCUGGGGUUACCGCGCCCUGCUAGCAUGCAGCACAUGCAACCUAUGCAGCACAUGCAGCAGAUGCAGCAGAUUCCCAACGGUCAGGGUCACCAAAUCAAGCAGGAGACGGGCUAUCACCCUGUACCGCACCCGUCCGUAAGCAACGCCCAAACCGAUGGUGCCGCUGGCGACGUGCUGUCAGAAUGGAAGGCAGAAGUUGCGCGAAGACGUGAGGCUGCUGCGGAUGGAGAGGGUGACAGGGCGCUUCGUGACCAUCUCAGGCAGCGAAUGCUGGAUCUCGAAGGGGGUGGUCUGAUGGUUCCUCUCGAUGAGCGCGAACUCCAGCCGAAGACCUCGCUUUCCGCAUCUACUGGUCCGUCUUCCAAAUCCAAAGCCCAGUAUGACGGCCCAGGAGGCGACGACACAAAGGAGGAGGACGAUGAAGACGCUAUCAAUUCUGAUCUUGACGACCCUGACGACCUGGUUGCUCAAGAUGAGGAUGACGAUGAUGCUGUUGGACAAGUCAUGCUUUGCACCUACGAUAAGGUUCAACGCGUCAAGAAUAAGUGGAAGUGCACGUUGAAGGACGGUAUCUUGACCACUGGAGGCAAAGAAUACGUCUUCCACAAAGGUCAGGGUGAGUUCGAAUGGUAG